GUCCCAUUCUACGUUCACGUUUCACCAUGGAAGAAGUGUACGUCUAUACAGGCUACCCAGCCCAACGCGACCGAGCUUCGACUACUGUCAACUUGAAUAUCCACUCUCAUUCUCAAUGGAGGGAAGCAGAAGAAGACUCUUCCUCUUCCUCGCAUAUUCAACCCGAUUCUACCUCACUGUACUCAUACUCAACCAUCUACUCCUGCCCAUGCACACACUCCUGCUCUUGCUCUUGUUUCGAUGGCUAUUCGGACUCGGAAUUGGAAUCAGAAUUAAGUAGGAACGCGACGACAGAUGACCUUCCUGGACCAGGUCGUACGUUUGGGAAAUACUGUCUCUUUCCGCUGAGGAGGGUGCUUGAUAGGCAGUUUGAGAGGGUUGUUUGCAGGGUGAGGAUCUUGAUGUUGGAGAUGUGUAGGAAGAGGAGGUGUGCGGGAAGGAAGGGAGAAAACGGAAAAAUAAGGGUGUAGUCCUUUCAACCCAAUGCAAAUACUUGCUCCUUAUACACACUUCACACAGCAAGUUCCGAG